AAAACCCACCCCUUCUAUGAUUCUCGAUCCCAAAUCUCUCCCUCCUAGCCCUAGGGUUUAGCCCCACCUCUCUCAUUUCCAAUGUCUUCCAGUUCCACCACGUUCUCACGCGCCCGCGACACCACCAGCGCCGUCUUCGCCACGCGCCGCCCAUGGCUCGAGCUCGUCCAGCCCUUCUCCAGCUUCACGCGCCCCUUCACCUGCGGCGAGGCCACGCUCCGCAUCCGGAGCAACCUCAACCACUUCCGCGUCAACUACGCCACGGCCGUCCUCUUCCUCCUCUUCCUCAGCCUCCUCUGGCACCCCGUCUCCCUCAUCGUCUUCCUCCUCGUCUUCGUCGCCUGGUUCUUCCUCUACUUCUUCCGCGACGCUCCUCUCGUCGUCUUCAGCUGGGUCGUCGACGACCGCAUCGUCUCCGCCGUCCUCGCCCUCGUCACCGUCGUCGCCCUCGUCCUCACCAGCGUCUGGCUCAACGUCCUCGUCUCCGUCCUCAUCGGGAUCGCGCUCGUCCUGCUGCACGCGGCGUUCCGCGGCACGGAGGAUUUGUACUCCGAGGACCUCGAAGGCGGUGGCUUGCUCUCCGUCGUCGGCAGUCCCACGCGGAGCGGCCACACCGGUUUCUAGUUCUUUCUUGAUCUGAAGGACAAGUUGAAUACGGCAUUGGUUUAGCUUCUUUUGAAUACUCUGCUUGUCUUAAUAGGUGUUUCAGACUUUGAAGGCUGGAUGAGGAAGCUACACUAUCUCCUAACUAGUGUAGAGAUGCUAUGCUUGGGUUUAAUCCAUGCCAAGGAGUCUUUGGAAAAAGGAAGGCAAUAAUAAUUGCUGCCAUGGUCCAUGGAAAGGCAGUGCCUUUUAUCGGAAUGCUUUUCAUCUGUAGCUGGUUUCCACAUGGACCUGCUUUCUGAAUUGAGUGCUUCUGUUUCAUGUUAUUCUGGGAUUGAAUAGUAGGGUAGGGUUAAGCAGCUGAGGAGUGAUUGAGGAUUCAUCAUGUGAUUAGUUGAUUACUGGGUUUGUACUAUAUUCCUUAACUCAUUUGUGUCCUCUGCGCAGGGUUAAUCUUUAUCCUUCUGUGGUCUGUUAUAUUUA